AUGGGAGGCCACCUCGUCGCCGCCUCGGGCGAGUUUGUCGGCACCUUUUUCUUCCUGUACUUUGCGUACGCAGGCAACAUUAUGGUGAUCAAGCAGGGAGUUUCCUCGGCCGGUGAUGGUACGCUGAGCAGUGAGGGCGUAGUCUUUAUCGCUCUGUCAUACGGUCUCUCUCUGCUCGUCAACGUCUGGACCUUUUACCGCAUCAGUGGCGGUCUCUUCAAUCCUGCGGUCACUCUAGGCCUUUCUCUCGGCGGUCAAUUGCCAUGGAUGCGGUCCGCUUUCCUCGUGCCGGCCCAGAUGCUGGCCGCGAUGUGCGCCGGCGGAUUAGUUGAAGCCAUGUUUCCGGGCCAAGUUUCGCAGGCAAACUCCCUGCUUGGCACUGGGACGUCUGUUGCCCAGGGACUCUUCCUUGAGAUGUUUUUCACCGCGCAGCUCGUCAUCGUUGUUUUCAUGUUGGCUGUGGAGAAGUCUCGCGAUACCUUCCUCGCACCAAUCGGUGUCGGACUGGCUCUGUUCAUGAUUCUCAUUCCAGGCGUCUGGGUUACUGGCGGUUCCCUUAACCCCGCCCGCAGCUUUGGAUGUGCCGUCGCGGGCAGGUCGUUCCCCAACUAUCACUGGAUCUACUGGCUUGGGCCAUGCAUGGGAGCUGCUCUCGCAUCUGCGUAUUACCGGUUUGUGAAGUGGGCUCACUACGAAGAGGCCAACCCUGGCCAGGAUCUACCAGCAGAUCCGAAGGACCUCGCUGCAGCUCACCCGGGAAACCAUGGACUACCUCAUAGCUUGAUACCUCAUCGCCACGAAGUCUGA